GCGUCCACAAUCGCCGUUUCGUCAACAUUAUCAAAUAACACUGGCCGUCGCGCCGGUGUAUCGCAUCAUAAUGGCUUCCUCCUUUUGCUCAGGAUGCCUGACGCGGCUUCGCCAGGGACCUCGCGCCGUUUUACCACCAACCACAGCAGUAUCUCGAGCGGCAUUUCACACAUCCACCGCUCUCCACCGGGCAGUUCAGAAACCUAAAGUCUCAGGACAUGAGGGUCCCAAAUAUCGUGUUGGAGCAGCUGUCAAGAUCAAGAAGAAGAAACCGAUGGAGAAGUCACGCCCCCCCGCCGUCGGAGAGCGCAAAGCCCUCCGCAAGCGGAUCAUUCUGAGCAACCCGAAUGCUCUCGAGGUCGAAGGUAUGCAGGAGCUCAACGGCGAAACGAUGGUGGAUUCGCGUCUUCGUGGCCAAGUCCUCGCCCUUCCCGUGCCGAUGAUCGAUCAAUUGCGUGCUGUACAGGCGUUCAAGACCAGUCAGGGUUGGUCGAUCUUCCGCCGUCCAGGGACAGUUCUGAGACGGGAGACCUUGGAGAUGGGCCGGUUGUUUGAUAACAUCUCUGGUGAGGCUGCAGGCAGUAGAACUGUUGUGAAGAAGAUUAUCACCGGACAGAGAAAGACGGGGAAAAGCGUCCAUCUGUUACAGGCAAUGGCGAUGGGAUUCACGAAGGAGUGGGUAGUUAUUACUGUGCCGGAAGCACGGGAUUUAGUUACUGGAACCACUAGCUAUGCGCCCCUGUCUGAAGAGGAGCCCAACGCAUACGUGCAAAACGCGGUAACGGCAGCGUUGCUAUCUCGCACUGUCACUGCUAAUCAGAAGGUCCUCUCCGCGCUCCAUAUUUCUCAACAUCACCCUGCUCUUUCAGCGGUUAAGCCCGGCAUGACGUUGGAAGACCUUGCGAAACUUGGCAUUCAGGACCAGGCGAACGCGUGGCCUGUUUUCAAGGCUCUUUGGGCAGAACUUACAGCAACAUCUGCGGUGCCAGGCCUCGAAAAGAACUUCAGACCUCGCCCCCCUACGCUCGUGACCGUUGACGGUCUGGAUCACUGGAUGCAAAACUCCGCGUACCGCAACGCCAAACACGAGCCUAUCCACGCGCACGACUUUGUCUUUGUGCGACACUUCCUGAACCUGUUGAUGCCUGGCAAAGGAAAGUCUACCCUUCCCAAUGGUGGAGCCCUCCUCUAUGCCACGUCUAGCUCCAACAGCCCGUCCAUUUACGCCUUCGAUGUCGCGCUCAAGCAAGUUGCAGCACGCCACGCUGGAGUAGACCCCUCGUCUUCUGAAUUCCCUACUCCGCGACCAUAUAGCAACCCGGACCCGCGCGUCCUCGAGGCAUUCAACUCGCCGAAACCUACAGCUGCUAAGGAGGGUAUGCUGGACGUGCAGGAACUUGGUGGGUUGACCAAAGACGAAGCUCGCGGCUACCUGGAAUACUUCGCACGCAGCGGUCUACUUCGGGAGACGGUCAGCAACGAAUCGGCUAGUGAGAAGUGGACGCUGGCUGGCGGCGGCGUGAUCGGUGAGCUCGAGAAACUGGGCAGGCGGCUGCGGGUGGCUGCAUAGAUAAAGUCCCUUUCAGAGAGCAGGUGGUCUGAAUGCUCUUCUCUUUUCCUCCUUGGUCUGGGUCUCUGCUCUCCAUAUGCUGCGAGUUAGAUUCCUGUAUCUACCUGUACUUUACUGUUUGUUUUCGAGUGUAU